CAUUUGAGGCCUACUGCCUACCUGCCGCGUCACGUGAUUGAGAUGUGCAAUUCGUUACUGUCAGCAGAUUGAAUGAUAACACUUGCGUAAUGAUUGCAUUCAAAAUAGCUGCAAAGUGAAUAGGACUGCAGCAUCAUUACUGGAUUACAUGUUUAGACCUUUUGUGUGGCUUUAACUUCUGUAUACACUCCAGACCUAGGGCCGGACUAAAGGUAGAGCAGGCGGAGCCCACUUCGACGGCGACAUAGCCCGUUCUAAAAGUGUAAUUGGUGUGAUUCAAAGGUGUACUGAGUGCACUGAUCUAAACAGCUGUGUAAUGUAAUAUUAUACCAAAAAAUGUAGGCACUGUAUGAAGCAAACAAAUUCGUUGACGUGGUGAAUAUUUCAAGAACGAACGGCCUAUUUUAUUUCUCUAGGCCUAUGAACAACCAGGACAUUCGUUUUCUCAAUUCGUACACAGGAGUGGAUAUAAUGAUGACAAUACUUUCAUUGGAUGUGAGUCUCAACUAAAUUUGACUCUGUGACCUCCGUGACCCUUGCUAUUUAUAGCUCUAAUCGCUAUAUUUAGACUUGGAGACUUAUGUUUUUAAGUGCAUGAAAAUGAGAACCUGUGGUUCGUUUGUGGUGCAGGCGAUAAGUCCAGUGGUUUUCGCGUGCUGCAUGGGGUAAAGCCAAUGGUUCUUUUGUUGUGAGACCAGUGUUUCCGUCUGCAAACAACGCUUAUGCUUCAACCUUUGCGCUUUCGGAUUUCAAGGUCACUGGCCUUGUAAAUUUCGUCAGGACCCGAGGAGCUCAUAGCGCCUGGUCAUGGGUGGCACUCUGUCCUGCACGAGUCGGAGACAUAGAAGAGUUCUGGACUACACUGUGACGAUAGAGCCGAGCGAGGAGUACGACAGGUCCAGCUUGGCGUCCACGGAGUACAUCCAGGAGGUACCGCUGCCGGAUACUGUGCCCGUGGAGACGUUCCAGCAGCCACCCGGCAUCGUAGAGGAUGUAACGCUGGGGAAGACCGGGGAAAUCUGUCUGAGGAGAGAUUCGAAGACUAGAAAGUCUUGCCAUGGCGAAUCUAGUUCUUCCCCUUGGAAGUUUUGGCGGCGUCUUUCCUCGCGGAGUCGCCAAGACCAUAAGUCCUCCCAUCGCAAAGAAAGGCCGACCAUAGUGCUACUGGACAAGACUGACCCAACGCAAACUGGAGGUGAACUGAACAAUGACCUGAGGUCAUCUUUAAAUGGCCAGUCCACUGCCAGGUCCUUGCCAGAUGUGGUGGAGAAAGCACAAGGCAUUCCUCGGUUCAACACUAACGGGGUGCCUCCUCCCAAGCCUCCUCGUUUGUUUUUGUUCAGGACACCAUCAACAGCAACUAAACAUUCCACAGACACAGAGAAUGAGGGUGACCCAACCUACAUGAACUGCAAGCAGGUCACUGACCUCCGACCUGACCAGUUCACAUCCUCCCUGGACUCGACUCAGUCGGAUCCACUCAUCAUGGCCAGCAGUUACAUCAAGACUCUCAAAAUGUCUGACAACAACAACUCUACGGGCCAGGUGUCCAAGAAUGAGGUGGGGCCCCCCAUGAGUGCCCCCGUCAGCUCAGUGUCUUUCAACUUACCGCCAGAGUCAUCCCCAAAUCUUUCCAACACCAGUAUUCCUCAAGGUCAUUACAACUCGGUCCGGAAGCCAAAAAUAAAAACUCCCGAGAUGAAAAGAAAUGGCCGACCAAGAAGGAAAUCCAGUGAUAAAGGGGAAGUCACCAGGCAGAAGCUGAUCAUGAACAGUAUUGCAGAGCUGAUGAGACAGAGACUCGACCCAUUCCCUUUGAUAGACCAAUUGAAAAAGGCAGGUGUGUUGAACAAUAUGGAUGUUCAAUUUUUUCUUGGCCACCAUGAUCGCAAGUCUGUAUGUGAGAGUUUGGUGGCCUUGAUAGGGGACAGCACUCCAGAUGUUCUUCCUAUUUUCUGUGAUGUCAUGGCUCAAACUGGCAACUGUACUGAAAUUUUGGAGAUCCUCCAGCUGAUGAGAGAGAUGGACAGAGUUAUCCACGACGUACCGCACAAUGUUUACAAUGAGAUUCCAGUUCUGGCAGACGAGAAAAACAUCAACUAUGACAUCGGUUACCUGGCAACAGACCACACCCUCAAACCUCUCGUGGAGCUGGAGAGAGUCAGGGCCAGCAGCGACAAACGCCUGAGCAAAGCCUCCUCCAGGAACUCGGCCUACUCUCUGCUAGAAGGUGGCCCUGAUACCGACUGGAAAAAUGGUGAGGGGCCACUAUUUCCUGGGCUCAUAAUGAUGAGCUUGUGCGUCACUGGGCAUAAUUUGUCAGGGCAGAGGGCAGAGGCACUGGCCAACAUCAUCAGGAACCAUAACUGUGUUUGUGAAUUACGUAUUGGUAAAACUCAACUGUGUGGAGAGGACAUUAAAGUGAUAGCAAAAGCUUUAGAGGACAACAGGACUAUUCACUCUUUAGACCUGCGGCUAAACAAUAUGGACAUCGUUGGGGCACAGGCUAUUGCAGAGCUGCUUCAGAAAUCUAAAUCUUUACGUGUUUUAAACCUUUCAUCUACUAGUAUGGACUACACUAGUAUCAGAACAGUCUGUUCAGCUAUCUCUGGCAACAAGUCUCUGACAGAGCUGGACCUGAGCUUUCUGGACAUUAGUGACGAGUGCUGCCAGUGUUUGCAGGACAUGUUGAGAGUGAACACCACUCUCCAGAACAUUCGUCUCCGCAGCAACAACUUGACCUGGUCUGGAUGUGACAUCAUAGCGGAGGGAUUGUCCCGUAAUCUUAGCCUUACUGUUUUGGAUAUGAGCAGAAACAAUAUUGGGGACGAAGGCGUUCGGGCAUUAGCCAAAUUCCUACCAGAGUCUAGUGUGUCAGAACUCUGUUUAGAGAACUGUGGUCUGACGUCUGCUGGCUGCGAGUCCCUGGCUGAGAUUGUCUCCCAUUGUAAGAAGCUCAGGCAACUAGACAUCAGUACAAACCACCUGUUGGACCCUGGGAUAUUGAAACUGGCUCCAGCCCUAGAGAGGACUUCCACACUCAGGAACUUGGCUCUCAACAUGUGUGGCAUCACCAAUGAUGGUUUCUCAAAGCUGUUAGAUGUGCUUGAAAAAAACACUUCCAUCGACCAAAUGAAACUCUGCUACAAUAGACUUGGGAAGGAGUACUUGAACCCUGCUGCCAACUCUGAAAACUUAAGGUACCGUCUUCGUAUUGUCACUUCAUCAAAACCAAAGUUAAAAAUUUUGCUCUGGGGUAAUGCCUUUGAUGAGUCCUAGUUACCUGAGAACAAGAGAAUGAUUUUCAAACUGAAUUCAUUGUUGACCAAAUGAUUAUAUCACUUCAUCAUUAAGUAUUCUACAUCAUGAAAUUAUUAUACAAGACUCCGACAGACCAUUUAAGACGUAAGUCUAGUCCUCAAAGGACACAAAGUGAUGGAAAUUUUUGCGUGAUUUGAAGUACCAGAUGUUAACACUAUUUGGUAUAUGUACGCUUAUAUCUACAUAGCACUGACCUAUAUAAUUGUUUUCACUAGAGCAACCAAAUUCUAUUGUCUGAGAGCUGAAACAAAUACAUAUAUAUUUAUAUAGGUACAUAUAUUUAACAUAAACAUUUUUGCUGUGGUACAUGUUGUGUAUACUGAAACUGUAUUUAUCUGUCAAGACAUGUACAUUUCUAUAACUUAAAACUUGACCAAACUGUAAAUCCAUGCAAUGAUUUUCUAGCAAUGUAUUCUGAGUGACUCCAUGUUUGAAUAGUAUCUGUGGCCCAUGAGUACAAGUGUAUGCAUACAAUGCAAUGAUCUUGAAAUUUAUUUGCUUGAAACAUUGAUAGGGUGGUUCUCUUUAUGAGUUUUUAACCUGCGCAUUUACAGAUUCUUAUGUUUGAAGUCGCCACUAAUGGGAUGGAAACUAUUGUUUUAGUGUGCAAGAAACUUUAUGUUGUUUCUAUUCUCUUGUGUACAUACUAAAAGGCUCAAAUUUUUUUUCUCUUGAGUGUGUCUCUUUUAUUUAAUUUCAUUUGACUUGCGAGUCUUUACGUGCCUGGACUUGUAGCAUGGGGGUUUUGGGUUGUUGCUACAUGGUCUUGAUGGUCCCAGGUUUGUCGUCCUGCAGGAGGUUUAGAAUCUGAAGGCACGUCCAAAACAUGGGAAACAAUUAAUGAACACUCCUUCCAAAACAUGGGAAACAAUUAAUGAACACUCCUUCCAAAACAUGGGAAACAAUUAAUGAACACUCCUUCCAAAACAUGGGAAACAAUUAAUGAACACUCCUUCUAAAGAGCUAAAUAUUACAUGCAAGGACACCGGGGGGUUCGCUAUGGGUAGAAUUUGAACCCGGGUCUAUUUGCAACUUAUUUAUCUUCUUAUCUUAUAAAAUACAGAUGUUACUUUAAAAAAGAAGAUGAUUACAUCCUACGUGUUAUGCAUCUAGUCAUGGAUGUUAACCAAUGACUCAAAUUCUGCCAAGUCACUGUUUUUUUCUGGCUGGCUCAGAGUGCAUCAUACCAUUUGACCAGGUGUUGAGAUGAGAUACAGUAAGGAGUCAUUAAAAACAUGUCUUUUUGUCCUGAUGUGGGAUGAAUUAUUUUACAAUUGCUGCAGCAAUACUUACUGCUGGACUUUACUGUCUCUUGUUGAAAUUGGUCCUACCUUCUACCUAUUAUGUUUGCAGGUGUAUUGUAGACUUUUAUGAUUUAUUAGUCAAUACAAUGAAUUUUUUAAAGAUAAUUUUUCUGUGAUAGAUAACUGUGACCCAGAGAACAAAUUAGAACUUAACCACUGCAAUUUGUAAGAACUGGUUUUAAUUGAUGAUUUUAUUUAUUCUUUUAUACUUUGUGCAUCAUUUGUGUGAAUGUUUGGUUCUGGAAAUACAGUUGACUUUUGAUAGUGUGUCAGUCGGUGAAAUGACAUGUCACCAAAGUAAAUAAGUUCCCCUUUUUGACAUUGCUAUCUAUAGGGCAGAUGAUGUUAAGGUCAUCUGUUUCUAUGGUUAACGGGCAGGGUGUCAUGUGGCUGUCGCAACAACCAACCAUCUUUACUUUCCCCAACUUAAGUCAGGUACCCAUCAGAGUUGGAUGGAAUCAGGGGCACCCUAAAAAUCCAGAAAUUACCAAAGCUUAACUGAAAUUGAGAAAAGGUAACAGUAUUUGUCCAAAAAGAAAAAGUCAAUUAUGAUGUAUAUUGAAAAAUUCUCUUAGACUUUCAAGGGUAUGAAUUAAACUAUAAAAGAAAAUUUUUUAAAAAUUUGAUCUAAAAAAAUGCAAAACUUUGAAUUUCAGCUUUUGCAUAAUGUACUAAAUUACAAUUAAAGCCUGACCUACUUUCUAAAAUAGAAAUAAGUACAUGUAAUUAAUGUAUAUAAAAAAAAAUCUGUAAUCUAGGCUGUCAUGGCUUUUUCUUGAAUUUCAACAUUUGAACCUUGUCAAAAUCCAUUUCAUGCUUUUUGCACCAGUGCAUCAAAGUGAUUGCAACCAUAGUUUUGUUACUGCUGACUAUUUUUUUUCUCAUGGGGAUUCUUAAGUGUAUACUAUCUGGUACCAUCCAACUAUCAAGAGUCAACUGUGACAUAAAGUGUGUUUAUUUAUAGUUGAAAAAAAAAACAGCCAAUUUAAAUGUUCUUAAUGUUAGCCAAUCAAAACACUUCUGCUACUGUUACAUUGCUAUGUCUCCCAUAAUACCUCUGUAAUACAAUAAAAAAGAGUGAAUUCAAGAUUGUAAUAAUUAAUUUCAUUGGCUUUGAAUAGAUUUGUUUUAUAGUAUAUUUAUUUCUGUCUAAGAAAUUCAUGUAUAAAAAUAUAUGUUCAUCUCAUCUUGGUUUAUAAAAAAAUAUUUUUUUGAUAAGAGUGUGAAUGUCUUAAUUUUGAUUAGUCAAGUCUGAUUGUGGUAAUGUGAUCAUUGUCUGAUUACCUCCCCUUAAUUGGAAUCACAGAAACUAUGCAUAGGUCAGAGGUUGUAACAUUGUCAGACUUACAAGACUGUUUAUUCAAUCAACUUUGAUGCAUAUAUGUUUUUAUUUGUACCAGACUUUGCUGAUUUUGUUAGUGAACUAUUUUCUAGGAGAUAUGCCAAUUCCACCCCCUCCCCCCAUCUGGCCAAUGACAAGCAAUAUGCUAGAAGCACAAAGAAUGUCAGUGUCUAACUCUUCUGUUUAUCAUGGCAGUAAUGUGAAAAAAAAAAAAAAGAGAUUUAUUUUCAUUUCUCAUUCAGUAUCAAAGCCAAUGUAAGUCAGUUCUAUUUAACUGUAUGUUUUCCAACCAUUAUGCUGCAUAGUUCGCUGUGUCUUGUAAUGUCACUUUGAUUGCUGGCUGUUUGUAUAUGGAGUGAAUGAAAAUAUUGUUUUUUUUAGAAUACACUAUUUUAGCCAUGUAGACAUUCUCCUCAUGGCAUGGAAGUGAAAAAAUUCUAAUAUCGUGUAGGGAAAAAAAGUGAGAUUUUUUAAAUUACAAAUUUAAUCCAACUGUCCACAUUUUGUAAAUCCCAUAUUGAAUUAUAAAGGAAGUAAAGUUCCCCUUUCAGACCUUGCAAUCAAUGGGGCAGAUGAUGUAAUGGUCAUCUUUUUCUGUGGCAGAUGGAUAAAGAGUGUGUCAUGUUUCCAGCACAAGGACCAACCACCUUCACAACUUGUGUCAGGUGCCCAUUAGAGUUGGGUGGACUCAGGGGCGGCCUAAAAAUCCUGAAAUUCAAAAUCCCAUUCUUAACUAGGAUUCGAACCUGGGACCCCUCAGUUCAGAAGCCAAGCGCUUUAAGAUAGUAUAAAUCCUUGCUCUGUUUAAGCUUCUGUAUAUUUUAUCUGACCAUGUCAGGCGCAGAUAUUGACCUUCACUGUGUACAACUUUAUGUAUAUACACAUUAUAUGGCUGUGUACAUUUUGUGUACAGUUUUGUUUCAUUGUUUUAAGUUUUUCAUGUUGGAUUUUUCUUUUUAAAGACGAAUUUGAUCUUUGUGAUUUCUGAGUGAUUCAAAAGUUGACUUGAUGACUCAUGUUGACCUGCAUUGUGGAAAUAUCAAUAAAGUGAUUUGAAUCUUUGA